UAUAACAAUCUACACGACAAUGGAUCAAUCUUUUACUCCGCUUAUCCUCGCCACCACGGCUUUGAGCUUGACUGCCAGCUUCUACGGACUUGCAACACUGAUGAGAAGCAAGAAGAAGCUGGGUGUUAAAGUUAUGCUGGCCUCUAUCGCUUGCCAAAUUCUCUUUUGGGACUUCUUAAGAUGCCUGACUAUCGGGAUAGUAUCCGGAAUCUGGAACCUCUCUUACCCUGACACGGGAGUUCUCUGCACCAUAAUCGGACCUCUAACGGACAUGUCUCACCGUGUCUCCUUCUUCCUAGUUCUCGGUCACGUGAUCAUGGGCUUGAAGAAAUCCGAAGAGAGCGCUGCCCUAAGAUGGACUGGAGCUGGAACCGUCAUUAUUGGUUAUCUGAUCAGUAUCGGUUUCGCCGUACUCCCAUACCUCCGUGGAACCACUUACCUAAUGGGACAAGAAGGAUUCUGUACUUAUUACGCUGACCAAAUCUUCUACCUGGACUACGAGACCAUGACCAACGAUCAAAUUUUCAAGUCCACUUUGGGCUACAACAUCAUCCUGAGCGUGCUGCCAUUUGCCCUGAUGUUUGUGAUGGUGGCAGUUGGGAUGAUAACCUGUUUCUGUGCCAAGUCACAAGAUUCCACGAGCUUGGUAAAUGCAGGAGCGCUCCUCUUUUGCUACGCCCCCAUGAUGGGGAUUGGAAUGGCUCUGACUGCUAACUAUUUCGGAGUCAGCACCAUCCUCACCAGCUGGGAUCCAGAAGAUAUGCCAAACCAAAUGCUGAUUCUGUUUCUGUCGAUGGUACUGAUGCCAGUUUCUACCCCUCUUGUCAAGCUUCUGACCAAUGCAACUAUCUCCUGCUACAAGUCAAGAACUGAGCAACAGGACACAUUUUGUCAGAAGACCAGUAGCAACAGCACUACCAUUCUUGUGAAUGAUGUGGACUGCAUGGUCGAGUGAGGCCUAUUUACAGGGGCAGACGUGGACAUGUCUGAAAACCGGUUAUUUCAAGUAUAUGCUUGAGCGAUACCAAUAUACUCUGCUGCAAAUUCCGCGUGUUAUAUGAUGAGGAUUUAAAGUUAAUGAUGCGGAAAUCUUUGAAGAAGAAGUGGAGAUGGAGGAGAAAAGUUGACGAUCUAAGUGCAGAAUUUGAAAAAGAAGAGAUGGUGAUAAGAACUAGAAGAUAUAAAAAGGUUGAACGGAUAUCUGCGUAAAGCAAAUUUGAGACAUUUUAUAUUAGGAAGCUUAUUUGAUAGACUUUUAUAUGAAAUCAUUGAACAAUGUAUUGCAUUCGAUCAACAAACGCUUUACAAUUAAGCAAGAUCGGGCCAAAUUUGAGUCCUAAGACAAUUGAGAAGUAAAUUAUUGAUAAUUGAUAUUUGCUUAAAUUUUAUGUAGAUAGUCCAAUUGCAUGUGCAACUAUUUGUAAUUUUGUAAUUCAAAUAGAGGCAGACAAUGUUUUACAGAAUGUAUCCCACAAAUUCUAUUCUAUUUAAUGUACAGUUUC